CUGAAUCAAUCAUUCGUUGUAACGACUUGAUGCCGUCGAUAACUCAGUUGCCAGUAACGUGCCCCAAGGUCCGUCAGAAUGGACACUUUCGACAACUCCAACCCCAGCGAUCCAGAGGAUGAGGAGCCUCUGUACUGCGCCGCUCCGCAGAACCCUGAAGACAUCAUUUGGGAGGGAUCCGACACCGAACAAACCCCGCAAGAGAUAUACGAGAAACGGCUUCGAUAUGAGAAUUACGCGCGGAGGUAUCUACGAGGCCAACUACCAGUAUUGCAGUCUGCCAGCCUGCGAGGACCCCUGGACAAAGAAUGGGUCAAUCCGUGGCGGUACCAUCCACGCAAAGAUUUCGAUUGGUGGCAGCCAGGCUCGGAGGACAUGCUAUUUACUCGAGAAAAUGUGAUGAAGAGGGCUGCAGACCAUGGAUUGGGGCAUUUAACGCCGGCUGAAGCUCUGGCUUGGUGCAAGGCUGAUGCGAAAGCUCAGGCUAGGGCGCAAGGAGUUGAGCUCUCAGAUGGAUCCUCUUCGAAGAGCACAGGUUCCCGAUCAUCUCGCUCAGAUCUAAUUUACUCCCAGGCUUCCUGUGGACAACCUUCGGCGACUGUAGUACCACAAAGUCAGUGUGAUAGGGAGCUCAGAAGCGAGCCUUCGGGUUAUAGAAGGAGUUCCAAAAGGCCGGCAGAUUCACAAUGGUUAAAAGGAUCAUACAUCUCAAAACGUGCUCGGUGGGGUGCCCCAGCGGCAUCUUCACCUACCCCCAUGCCCAAGAUCCAAGCUGAAAGAGACCGACGACGACAUCGUGGGUCCACAGGACCAGCAACAUCAAGCACUGCUCAACUUCAUAAGGACCCCCAACCGAAAACCUCCUUGUCACAUGGAUCGCAAUACAUGGGAUUUGAUGGGAGCACAGAGACACUGAGGCUAGAGCAGCGAGAGCGAGAUUUGGACGAAUUUAACGAAAAUUCUGGAGAAACGACUUUUGUCUCAACAAUCGAUAGUCCCUGUGGCUCCAAAUCCACACAAUCUACUCCGUCGGAUAUUGCAGAUCUAUCGGAUCAUGGCCUUGAGCCUGAUGACACUAAUGUAGCGUUGCCAAUCAAGAGGUGGCAUUUGACAACACCAGCCCCAGUUCUCCGCGGUCAAAAGUCGAACACAACUUCCACCGGGUUGGGUUCAUUUGAACUGCCAAAUCUUCCUCGCAGUCCGGAAAAUCAUGUUAGUUACAGCAUUAAGCCAUUAGAAGAUGAUAGUUUCAUCACCGAUGUAGCUCCAUCUUCCAGAAACUUAGAGAAGUUCGAAUACCGGAAAAGGCGAAAGAGGUCGAAGCCCCCCCGGUCUCCUGGUCCCGGUCAAGAUUUUGAAGGUCAGAGCGAGAUCACUUCAAGAUCAUCAACGAAGGCAGUGAUCUCUAAAGGAAAUGGGAAAUCUUCGAACCUGCGACUGUCAAAUGCUCCGCCAACAUCGUUGCCAAAUUCAACGAUAACUGAAAUCAAUAAGGAGCAUUCGAUGUCGAACACUUCUGUUGCAAGUGAUGCCGAGAAGAAAGUAUGUCCGAGAAGCUGUAAGUCAGACACUAGUUGGGACAUACGGGAUGACAUCGGUCAGCCCUUGCACGAAAGUCUUGCAACAGAUGCAGUUUCUUCGAACAAUCUACAGCUCUUUGAGUCUAGGCCUAGUUCGACUAAAAAGACACUUACCAAGGAUGAAAAGUCAACUGCAGAGAAGAGGAGAGAUAUUCGGUUACUGGCAAGUAGUCAAUUAUCUGCAGGGCGAAGCGAAUACACGCAGGCUACGGAUCAAACUCGAGACACACAUCCUCCUAAGUCAGAGGUUGAACUCUCCCUAAAUAGUAGCCAACAUUUGCAACCACCGACCGACCCGAGAAAUAUACUGCAGAUCCACGACCCUGCAGAACCAAAGAAAUUAGGGGAAUUCGGACUUGACCGAAGUCUUGCCCCAAAUUCAAGCCCGGGGGACGAUAGUACCCAGUCACAUAAUUCAACGCACAUUGGCUCACCGACAAAUGCACAGAUUUCAGUAUCUACAGAACCUGGUAGAGAUCAUUUAACAUUCGAGACCAAUCAUGCGACAAGAGAUACAGACUCAACAAAGACGUGUACGCAUGAUGGGACACAGUCCGAGGAGGCGAUUACUGUGGACGGCGCAUAUUUAGCGGACGGGAAGCUUCAAGAUCAAACAAGGCACCAAGCUGACAGUAUCAUCAACAAAGUAAAUUUGCCCGAAGAAACCGUCGAAACCCGGGCCAGGGUUGAGAUAGCGAUUUUGACGGAUGCUACUGAGUCACCCCAUGGAGAGGCGAAGAAUGAAACACAAGUACUUCAGAAAGCAGUAUCACGGGAUCGCACGACCAGCUCUCAGAACAGCAGUGGCAGUGAUCGAAGCCGCAGAAGUCAUUCUUCUGGAAGACUUUCCAGUGCAACGUAUGUGGUAAGGGGAAAAGACAAUGCAGCCGAACCUCAUGACCUUGGAAAUCGAACGCCGGGUGGCUUGGAUGGGGAUCAGAUGGAAGAAAAGGAUAGCUGGCAGCGUGGCUUACAGAGUCCAUGGACGGCUGAGACUAUGGAACCCAUUACAGCAGUGGAUUCGCGUAAGGACUACGAGGAUGAGGCUGCUAGCAACAAGAACAGAGAACUGUCGCCAAAGCAACGCACGAUUCGAGAAGGUUCAGACUGGCAGCGUAUUGAACGUCCUGUGACUCCGGAAAAUGAUGGAAUUACCCCUUUUAAAGUGUUUAUGACUCCGACUCCACCACCCGAGCCGACUACAAAUCGUUCAGCUCGGGAUGGUUUUCCAAGCACACAAAUCCUCGUCGAAGCUAUGACUAGCAAUCCAUGGGCAAGCAAUCCGAACAAUCUGGCUUCAAAGAGAUCUAAGAAACGUGUUUCUUUUGGGGUGCUACCUUCAGAAGAUAAGGGGGAUUCGCAGCCGGAGGAGAAAGGCUUCUUGAAGGAAAAGCCACUGUCACCACCACCACCAGCUGUAGAUCUACUAGGUGGAGAUGAUGCUUUCGAUGACGGUACGACUACAGUCGGAAACAAAUUCGCAAAGCAUUUUGCCGCUGCUGGAGAUGCCAGCCGGAUACGUUCCCAUAAUGGUCUUUCUCCAUCCCUGAAGAGCAGUCCGGCAGUGGAUGCUAUGGCCGAAGCAUUUAUUGCGGCAGAUCGCGAGAUCUCAGUGGGACAAGAAUGGCGGAAGCUCUCAGGUCACUCACCUUCUCGGCAUCUCAGACCCAUGAGUGAGGCAAUGGCAAACAUCAACACGGAAGAAUUGUCGCGCAUAGGUUCAUCCUCCUCCGCGCGUAAUGACAGAACCUCAUCUAGCAAUACCAAGACGGUAGGCUACGACAUGGGGAGUGAUUUCGGUGAUUUCCUUGGCGACGCAGGGGGCUUUCUUGAGGAAUGGUCAGUCGAGACGGAGCUCAGGAAGACUACCGAGGGGAAGGAUAGCCGUGCGCCUUCAAAGAAGAGAGGUAGUUUUGGGAUAAGGAGUAGAUGGUAGGCACUUCUGUAUGCGACGACAGAAACGCAUAGAUGUUUAUGACGAUGCAUAGCACUGGCGCUGGGAUAUUCAUUGUACAGGGAACUAGGAGACUGGAAUUGGCGUUUGCUUUGUGCAUUUACACAGGCCCGGGCACCGGGUUCAGGGAGUUGGUAGUCAUUAGAUACCCCAGUCAUACUCUGUAAUCGCUAUGUCUGUUCAGAAGUUCAGGGCUGUGUUCUGUACCAGUACCACCGGAUUUAACGGGUCUUGAUAUCUUCAAGAGAUAGC